GUUGCCCCUAGCGGCUGUUUGUUGACUUCCGGGAACGCGGCAGUUGCCGAUGUCCGGGGUGUCGCUAUGGGGACCCGGGGGGCUUCCGCAGCCCGCGUCGGGGGUGAGAAGCUGCCAUAGACCCCGCGGAGUCGCCCCCGCCACCUUCCCGGUUCGGGCGCAGGCUUCCCGCACCUCCUUCGGCAUGGGGGAAUCCGAGGAGGUGGUACCCGAUUCAGGUGCUGUGUUUACUUUUGGAAAAACUAGAUUUGCCGAAAACAUUCCCAGCAAAUUCUGGUUUAAAAAUGAUAUACCUACAGUUCUUUCCUGUGGAGAUGAACAUACUGCAGUUGUUACAGGAAAUAAUAAACUUUACAUGUUUGGCAGUAACAACUGGGGCCAGUUAGGAUUAGGAUCGAAGUCACCUGUUAGCAAGCCAACGUGUGUCAAAGCUUUAAAACCUGAAAAAGUGAAAUUCGCUGCCUGUGGAAGGAACCACACCCUAGUCUCAACAGAAGGAGGCAAAGUGUAUGCAGCUGGAGGAAAUAAUGAAGGACAGCUGGGACUUGGUGACACCGAAGACAGAAACACUUUUCAUCUAAUUAGUUUUUUUACUUCCCAGCAUAAGAUUAAACAGCUCUCUGCUGGAUCGAACACUUCAGCUGCGCUAACUGAGGAUGGCGAGCUUUUUAUGUGGGGUGACAAUUCUGAAGGGCAAAUUGGUUUAAAAGAUGUAACUAAUGUGUGUGUCCCUCAGCAAGUGACCGUUGGGAAGCCUAUUUCCUGGAUCUCUUGUGGAUAUUACCAUUCAGCUUUUGUAACAACGGAGGGAGAACUGUACACGUUUGGAGAACCAGAGAGUGGGAAGUUAGGUCUUCCCAAUCAGCUGCUUUGCAACCACAGGAUGCCCCAGCCGGUGCCUGGAAUUCCCGAGAAGGUGGUCCAGGUAGCUUGUGGUGGAGGGCACACGGUGGUUCUCACAGAGAAAGCCGUGUAUACCUUUGGGCUGGGACAGUUCGGUCAGCUGGGUCUUGGUACUUUUCUUUUCGAAACUUCAGUACCCAAAGUCAUUGAGCAUAUUAAGGAUCAGAAAAUAAGUUAUAUUUCCUGUGGAGAAAAUCACACAGCUCUGAUAACAGAUAUAGGUCUUAUGUAUACUUUUGGAGAUGGUCGAUACGGAAAAUUAGGUCUUGGACUGGAGAACUUUACCAAUCAGUUCCUUCCCACUUUGUGCUCUCAUUUUUUGAGAUUUAUAGCUCAAUUGGUGUCUUGUGGUGGAUGUCACAUGCUAGUUUUUGCCGUUCCGAGACUUGGUGGGACAGAAGAAAUUGAGUUAGAGGAAGUUAAGGAUGCUUGCUUCCAUGCAGAGGCUUCUCUGCCCCUCAGCAAUCUGAACUCAGGGAAUGUUUUGCAAACAACUCUAUCAGCACGUGUGCGGCGACGAGAGAGGGAGAAAUCGCCCGACUCUUUUCGAAUAACACGAACACUACCUCCACUUGAAGGGAUUCCUGUGCCACCUGUUUUCUUUUCCCCCAUUCCUUUUCCUUUCCAUAUGUCUGCAAUUAAUCUGCCAGAGACCAUGAUACCUGAAGAUGAGGACCUCAUGCAGCCAAUGGAACCAGAUUAUUUUCAAGAUAAAAUGACCACAGAGAAAGAGACAGACAUUUCUUCAGCAACAGAUUCAGAAAGCCUUGGAGAAACUACUGAUGUCUUAAAUAUGACACAUAUGAUGAGCCUGAAUUCCAAUGAAAAGUCAUUAAAAUUAUCACCAGUUCAAAAACAAAAGGAUCAUGAAUUUUUGGAAGAUGAAGAGCUAGAGGACGUGGAUGAAAUUGAUGAGUACCUGAAAGGCGAGAAAAAAGUUGCUGCAGAUGAAGCCAGUGACAACUCAGUUGAAAAGGACAAGAAAACCAACCAAGAGGAACGGGCUAUUUGUGAAUACAAUGAGAAUCCAAAAGGAAGCAUGUAUGGCCGUGCAAAGAGCAGUUCUGCAAAAGACCUGGAAGACACUGCAUCAACAAGUAAAGACCUAAAAAAAUCAAUGAAGAUUUUCUUCUUUAAAAGGAUGUCACUCACGAGUCAGAAAAGUAUGCAGAGUAAUAAUGAGCCACUCUCAGAGAUAAAACCAAUAGGAGAUCAAAUAGCUUUUAAAAGCAAUCAGAAAGAUGCCAGCCAGAGCCACAUGGGGCAAAAUCAUCAGGAUACUUCACCCCCAAGUAUGGCGAGAAGGUCAAAAUCUUGUACGAUACUAUAAAUAUACAUUUAUGUCUCCGUGAUCACCAAGCACAUUGUAAUUUAUACUUGAAAACCAUUCUGACUUCUGAAGGAAAGUUUCUGAUAACAAACCCUUAAACAUAGAAGUUAAUGUUUUAUUUUGAAUGUUACGACCAGUUUUGCUGUUUAUUUAUGCUAGUAUUUUUGACCAGCGAUUUCAAAAUAUGUGUAUCUCAAACUCUCCUUCAAGUUCUGUGGCCUUAACUGUUCAGUGUUGCGUAAAAUAUAUAUUUUUAUAUGUGAAAUUUAAGAUAUUUCAUAGUUUUUACUGAACAAUUUCUUUAUCAUUUCAUAAGGCAAUAUUUGCAAUCUCAUGACACUGUAACAGUUUUUAAUGUAUUUGCAAUUUUUCAAAACUGAGUCAAAAUUGUUUUUGAUGAACACAUUUUAAUAAACUAUAUCUGGUCGGUUCCACUGUUUAAAUGUGUGAAUAUCAAUAAAAUUAAGAGGUACUUGGAGUUCUCUAUCAGUUGACAGAAUGGGGGCCAAAAACAACCUGUUUAGUUUUCAAAUACUGAGAGACACAAAAUUCGUUUACCUCUGAGUAAAGAAAAUAUCAGCGCACCCAUGUCAGCGGUACGUCUUUGUGGAGAAACUGUUGACAUUUCUUUGCCUCCCACUCUUGUUCAGGGAGGGGAUUUGGCACGGAGGCGUGGCAGACUGUGUGGUACGAUCUGCAGCGUUUAACCUACCACAGAUCACCACCGUGGCGGAACGAAACACGGCCAGGCUUGCUCACUUCAACCGUCUCCAGCAUUGACCGUGAUAAGUGCUGUUGACUCCCUCACACGGUGCUCUGCCACAAGGAGUAGGAAGGGGAAACUGUCGAGUCUGCUCCGAUAGAAACGUGGCUGUCUUGCGCUCACAGAUAGUAUGCGUUUCAUGGAGCAGACCGCUUUGUCUUGGCCAUUCGGGCUUCUGACUGCAACAUUUUAUUCUUCGAUCACAGUGACCGCUGCCCCAGUCGAAGACAGGAAAAGAAACUCCAUUCUUGUGUUUCAUGCAAAGGAUCGUUGGUCUAGAGUAGAUGUGAUUUUGAAAUGGUACAAAAUGGUCUUCCGUGUAAAUAUUACAGUCAGGGCGAUUCUGAUUUUGCCGUUGCCGCUGUAGUGCUAGUAUAGUAUUGCAAACAUCCUUUACCAAAAUGUAAACUGUAGGAGCCUAGUGGAAAUAAAGCACACAGAUGGUACUGAGACAUGCCGGUUGUGGCAGGCACAAUUCAAAGAUGGCCCCCCAGGUUCCCGUCGGCUGGUAUAGUUGCCCUGAGUAAUCCCUUCCCCGUGAGCAUGGGCCGUGAAUAUGAUGAAAUACCACUCUAUCGUUUAGGUUACAUUCUGUGGAAGAGGUGAAAGAUUUUGCAGUUGUAAUUAAAAUGCCUAAGCAGGUAACUUUAAGCGAAAGGGAAAUGAUCCUAGGUGGGUCUGACCUAAUCAGGUGAGCCCUUUCAAAGAGGCACUACAGACGAGAGAUGGAAGAAGUCAGAGCAAUUGAGAGCAGUGGAGAUGCGGGCAUUGAAGAAGCAAACUGCAUAUUCCAGAGAGGACAGUGUGGUAGGGAAUGGUGGGAAGCCUCGAGGAUGUGAGGGCCUCCAUCCCACAAGUGCAAGGCACUGAAUUCUGCAAAUAACUGGUGAGGCUGGAAGAGGAAACCAGUCCUUAGAUUAGAGCAUAGCUCUGGCUGACAUCUCGACUGCAGCCUUGUGAGGCCCUGAGCGGAGGGCCCAGCUCAGCAGCACCCAGGCUCCUGACCCAGGAAGAUUACGAGAUAAUAAAUAUAUAUAGUUUUAAUCCACUAAGUUUACAGUAAUUUGUUAUGCAGCGAUAGAAACUAAUAGCACUUUUAUUCUGGCAAAAAGCCUUCCACCAUCAGAGCCAGCAUGAGAGUUAAUAGAGGCUGCUAACAAGACACAGGUCACUGUCUUAGGUAACAUAAUCGUGCAAGUGGUGUUUUGUCACCGUUGACACAUUCUGUUGGUUAGAAGCAAGCCACAAGGUCCACUCGUACUCAGGAUGAGGGCAGGGCACGAAGACCGGGAGGCAAGGGCUCUGCGUGAUGGGGGCCAUCUCAGAGCCUACCCACCAUACCAGUCAUUUGGCCGAUUCUGGAAAAGGAGAACGGGUUGGGUUACAGACCAAAGAAAGGAUUAAGUCAAAGCCCUUGGAAGAGGUGGACAUGAGACCAGCAUCAGGUCAUGACAGCAUCAUGUCAUCCCUGCUUUCUCAGAUGUCUGCAAGAGUUCAGACUUUAAUAAGGUGGUUGGUGCAGAAUCGUCAACACCGAGAGUCCGUUUUAGUGUAUAGGAGCAAAUGCCUUUUCAAAAAGCUGCAUCAAAACACCAUACCAGUUGUCUGCCCCUGUAAAUGCUUGUAUUCUAUUGAUUUUCUAAAUGUGAUCUCAUAUCUGGCUUUUACUUUGAAGAAAUAGUAACCGAGCACUUCCUAUGGCCAGAUAUGAUGCCACAAACUGAGAAAACAUGGGCGUAGAAGGGAAAAGAUGGGGAAUGAUUCUGCAUUCUCACCUGGAGCUGUUUGGGCCAUUUAGAAACCUAAGUUUCCUAACUGGAUGGAAAGGAGAUCAGUGGAUGCUAAACUUAAACAAACAAAAAACAAAGCUAACAUAUUUGAGAACUCUUCAAAAGAAGCCAGAAGAGAUCACUGAUACAAUUGAAUAGAAUGAUCCAUUUAUACUAGUUUCAAAAACAAAAGGAAUUCUAUUUACCAAUAACCUUAGCUUCAUAGAAAGUGAAAUGAUUUAUUUCAAUCCCCAAACUGUUCAUCUUCAUUGUCUUUUCCAUUCAUCCCUUUUUCCUGUAUAUAAAAAAUUUGCUUUGGACAUUUUUAGUUUGUUUAUUUAUUUAUUUUGAGAGGGGGAACAGAGAGAGAGAGAGGAGAGAGAGAAAAUCCCGAGCAGGCUCCACACUGUCAGUGCAGAGCCUGACAGAGGGCUCCAUCUCAUAGACUGUGAGAUCAGAACCUCAGUGGAGAUGAAAAGUCAACCACUCAACUGACCGAGGCACCCAGGUGCCCCUGCUUUGGGUGUUUUCACUGACCUUUCUGGGACUUGAAAAUAGAAUCUGUUGACUUAACAUUUAGGGGUUCACCGACCUUGUUCAGAUCAUUAUGAACCAAAUGUUGAAUGGAUAUUAACUUCGAAAAUGUCAGUAGUGGUAGAACUUUUUAGGCAUCAUAAAAGGGCAUGCAAAUCCAUGUCAAAACGUUAAAAAGGAGAACUUGGGAGGCACUAAGGCCUUGCUAUGCAUGAAGAAACCGUACAGUUCUGGAAAGGUUCUUGUAUUAUUUUCCUAGGGCUUCCGUAACAAGGUGCCCCAAGCUGGGUGGCUUCAAACAAUAGAGAUUUAUUGUCUCAUAGUCCUGGAAGCCGGAAGUCUGAACUUAAGGUGUUUGCUGGGCCAUGCUCCAUCUGGAGGGAGCCUCUCUUGACUUCUGGUAGCCUCAGGUGUUGUCUUCUAGAUACAUCACUCCAACCCUUUGUCCUCGCACUGCAUUGUCUCCCCAUUGUCUUUGUUCUGUGCGUGCCCGUCUCUGUUUCCAAUUUCCCCUUUUGGUAAGGACACUGGUCCUACUGGAUUAGAGCUCACCCUACUGACCUCAUUUUAACUUGAUCAUUUCUUUAAAGGCUCUUUUCCCAAAUAAUACCACAUUGUGAGGGCUUAGGACUUCAAUAUCUUUUCCAGGAAACCAUUCAACCCAUAGCAAGACGUCAGGUUGAGAGCUACAGAUCACACAAAACAUCCUCAGUUGUUCAUAGUCUCUACCCUCGUAUAUUCUUGCUAUGACUUUUCCUCAAAUGAAAAGACUUGCAAAAUUCUGGAUCUUUACUGAUUAAGUAUCUUCAGUGGAGGUGCUCUGUGAUACUGAGAUUUCUAUCUCGUGUACCACCAGUUACAGCAAAGCAGGAAUUGUCACGGGGUGUUAUCUUUUCCAGGAUCCCACACACGGUGGGCUUGUGUUAAAUGUCAAAUGGUUGUCAAAUAAAUUCUCACGUGUACAGACAUAGAGUUUGGGUAAGGAUCUGUUUCUUAGAAAUUUGCGCACACACACCGUAAGUUUAAUCUCAGUUUUUUUAAGUAUUUGCCAUAUGGUUUAUUGCAGUAUAAUGCUGCUGCCCAUAGGCCAUUAUAAAUCCGUAGAGGGAAAAGAAAGUCUUGCCAUGAGCAGAGGAGAAACUCUUCCAACAGAAGUAGUGAACACGAUCAGAAGCAUCCAUAAGAAAAUGAGGCCAACUCAAUCAUCAGGGUUGGCCACAAGAAUGAAGCCAAAGUUAUUGUCACAGACCUCUACCUUCAGGGACCCAAGUGGCAAUGGGGUUAGAGGUGAAAAUCUGAAUAAUUACUGGGGGAGACAACCAGACUGAUUACGUUAUCAUGCUCCUGAGUUUCAAUUAAGCAUUUUUCUGCCUGCUUUGAUUUUGGGAGGCUACCAAGACUGAAGACAUUUCCAGACUUAUAAAAUUUCCUUUUGCCAGCAGGGCACAUGGUUUAAAGAUUUUUCAUCUGAUAGUAGUUCUUGAAAAAGCUUAACAGUAUCUUUUUUAGACAGAGCUUGAAGAUGUGGCUUACUUUUUUACCUUGUAAGAGUAAGAAGUGAGUAAGUAAAAAGAGGAGACAAAUCAAAAGGUUGGAAAGUCUUUAUCUCAAGAGUGAUAGGGAAAUUUUAUUGAAUUAAACAAACAGUGCAUUUAAACCAGGGGUCACGUAACUAAAGUAUUUUCAAAGGCUAAACGGGUAUGCAUAUUGGAGCUGUGGCUGCUCUCUUCUAGCUGGUAACUGCUGUUUCUCAAGACUGCGCCCAGUAUUCCCCGAUCCCCAGCGUUUUAUUUUUUAUCUUUUUUAAUGUUUGUUUAUUUUUGAGAGAGAAAGAGACAGAGAGUGUAGGUGGUGGAGGGGCAGAGAGAGAGGGAGACACAGAAUCCGAAGCAGGCUCCAGGCUCUGAGCUGUCAGCACAGAGCCUGACGUGGGGCUCAAACCCAUGAACCGUGAGAUCGUGGCCCGGGCUGAAGUCAGGUGCUUAGCCGACUGAGCCAUCCAUGCGCCCCCGGUUCUCAGCAUUUUGAAAAGAAGGUGGAAAUCUGGGUUUUUAUAUGGAUAACUCAUUUGCGUGCAUGUACAUACAUAAGUUAGGGAGAGCCAAGCCAUCGCUGCAGGCCAAAUUUGGCCCACAAGAAGCAAUUUGUGACCUCCCUUCUGAACAAAGGAUAUAAUUUUGGUAAGAGAAAUUUGUUCACAAGGAAAAUAUGUUGAAAGAAUUAAUUGGGCCCUGGAUUUAUCUGAAUUGUAAUCUUCCCUAGUUUGAUAUCAGAUUUUCAGCAGGAAAAGAGAGCUAAAGAAUUACGAAGGGGCGCCUGGGUGGUUCAGCCAAUUAAGCGUCUGACUUCGGCUCAGGUCAUGAUCUCACAGCUCAUGGGUUCAAGCCCCACAUCAGGCUCUGUGCUGACAGCUGGGAGCCUGGAGCCUGCUUUGGAUUCUGUGUCUCUUUCUGUCUCUGCCCCUCCCCUGCUCAGGCUCUGUGUCUCUGUCUUUCAAAAGAUAAAUGUUAAAAAAAAUUUUUUUUAAAGAAUGAGAAGAGUGACCUACUAAGGUCAGUUUUUGGUUGCGUACCUAUGUACAUUUAGCCUUCUUAGGAGUAUGGGAUGUUGGGGGCAUAAUGUAGUAUAAAUAUAUUGAAUACGAUAAAAUGAGAUGUUUAUAUUGGAAGAAGCUGCAUUAAAGAGACCACAGACUGACAGGCUUUUGGUAAAUAGUUCCUCCAACAAUUGUGACAGAUGAUACUCUGGUAUAAUGUCACUACACAAUCCUAAUUACUGAAAAUGUCAGGAAAUGUAAUCCUUACCCUAAAAUUAUUUACUAAAACUACAGCAGGAAAAGUUACCUGUCCGAGCCAGGCUGCAUUCCCAAAUAGUUCCACCUGCUUCCACUUUCAUGUGGCAUGUAUAACACAGGUCUAUUACGAUAGGUAAGAUGUCUUAAGUAAGGUUAGCAGUGGACCAGAGAGCUGGACCUAAUUUUAAGAAAUGUGUAAAGUAAUGGCGAUACCUUUGUAUUUAUUUUUUUAAGUUUAUUUAUUUUGAGAGAGAGGAGAGUCCCACGCAGGCUCUGCACUGUCAGCUCAGAGCCCAAUGUGGGGCUCAAUCUUACGAACCGCAAGAUUGUGACCUGAGCUGAAGUCGAGAGUCGAAUGCUUUACCGACAGAGCCACCCAGGUGCCCCAAUCCCUUUUUAUUUUUACCUAAGAAAAGUCUUAUCUGGGGGGACGCCUGGGUGGCCUAGUCAGUUAAGCGUCCAUCUUAGGCUCAGGUCAUGAUCUCGCAGUUUGUGAGUUCGGGCCCGCGUCGGGCUCUGGGCUGACAGCUCGGGGCCUGGAGCCUGCUUUGAAUUCUAUGUCUCCCUUUCUCUCUGCCCCUCCCCCACUCACAAUCUGUCUCUCUCAAAAAUAAAUAAAUGUUAAAAAAUUCUUAAAGAAAAGUCUUAGCUGGUUCAGUCAAUGGUAAGCAUCUGUCCUAAGGUGAAAAAAAAUUUUUUAUAUUCUAGAAAACCUAUUGAACUUCCUCACAAUCAAUCUUUACAAGUAAUUUGUUUAGAAUUGUCAAAAUAGUAGUACGCUACUUUUUAAAUUUUUACAGAACUUUCCCUGUGGGCAUGAAGGUUAUUAUAACAAAAGUUUUCUAAGGAAAGUCUAUCAGUUGCUUAUAAUCAUUAAAAUUCUGCGCAUAGGAAUGUUUCAUUUCAUUUGUUUGGAUAAUGUUUAUUUUCCAGCUAGGCAUCAGACUUAUAUUAGCUCCUUAAUUAUUAUAAUUAUUUAAUUUACUGCAUAUAGUAAUUAAGAAUUACAAAAUUAUGUAAAAGUGUAAACCAAUUUGGGAAAACUUUUAAGCCUCAGAUGGAUCUUUGGUUGAUUUUCCUCAUUACUAGAUACUGUACAACUUUAGAAGUUAAAGCUAGAGACUUUAAGUAUGAAAUCUGGUAACAUUACCUCUUGUGUGUUUAAAAAAAUUUAUCGUGAGACAUUUCAAAUAUGUAGAAAAGUAGGAAGAUUAAUAUAAUAAAUGCCCACAAACCCCCAUGUGGAUUUAAGUCAAUUACACUUUGCUUUUUGUUCCAUGUUCUACCAGCACAUCCUGAUGUUCUAACGCUAAACACAUCAGUAUAUAUUUCUAAAAAUGACAUUUUUGUGCAUAUCUGCAAUGCCAACAUUUUCAUUUAACACAGUUAUCAAUAAUUUUCUAAUAUCACCUGUUUACUCCCCAAUCUCUUCCUCAAAUUUCCCGUGUUCUUCCCAAAAUACCUUUUAGUAGCCGGUUCACUUGAAUGGAGACUCAAACAAGGUCCAUGCAUUAUAUUAGGUUGUCUCUCAAGUCUCUCUUAAUCUCACAGAGUUCCCUCAUCAUCAUUUUUUCAUGACACUAAGUUUUGACAAACUGGGACAGUUGUCUUAUAAAAUUAUCCCAGGCUUUAAAGCAAGUCUGGGGGCAUCUGGAUGGCUCAGUCGGUUGAGUGUCUGACUUCAGCUCAGGUCACGAUCUUGCAGUGCGUGAGUUCAAGCCCCGUGUCGGGCUCUGUGCUGACAACUCGGAGCCUGGAGCCUGCUUCGGAUUCUGUGUCUCCCUCUCUCUCUGCCCCUCCCCUGCUCACGCUCUCUCUCCCUCUCUCUCAAAAAAUAAGCAUUAAAAUUUUUGUUUGAACAAAGCAAGUCUGUAGUCUUCUGGUAAUUCCUAGGAAGUGGCUCAAACCACCCAGGCGCUGGGAACAGAUAGAAAAGUUGGUAAAAUACAUGUAUUUGAAGAAUUUGAAAGUAUCAGAGUGCUAUGAAGAUAGUAUGGGGCCAAAAUUUGGGAGGAAGGAAGCCUGAAUAGAUGUGCCUGGCACAUGAGGUUGCUUUUCAGCAAAAGGUAUUAGUUGUUCCUAAAUUCUAACAUUUUCAAGGAAUUCUUGAUGGAGAGUUUUGAAGAAGAUGGAGAAUUUUGGUAGAAAAUGGAAACUAUUUUAAAAAGAACCAAAUGUGUUGGGCUCUUCCCUGACAACAUGGAGCCUGCUUGGGAUUCUCUCUCUCCCUCCCUCUCUGCCCCCCCCCCCCCCUUGCUCACUUGCUCUCUCUCUCUCAAAAUAAAUAUUUUUUUUAAAAAAAUAACUGAAUGUGAAUUUUAGAACUAAAUACAAGCAGUGAAAUUAAGACAUUAUUAAAUGGGCCUAAUAGAUGGACAGAAAAAAAAAUGGUAAACUGAAAGCUAGGCCAGAAGGAAAUAUUCAGACUGGAGCACAAAGAGACAAAAGGAUGCAAAAUAUACAAGAGUCGUUGAGACAUUUGUGGUGCUGUGAAAAGGUUGAAUACAUGUGUAUUUGGAAUCCCAAAAGGAAAAGAGAAAAUAGAAUGGAAGUACUAUUUAAAGAAAUCAUUUCUGAGAACUUUUCAAAACCAAAAAUUAGCCCCCAAAUUCAAGAAGCACUACAAACCUCAAGCAGGGAAAAUAUAAACCCACACCAGUGCACUUCAUAGAAAACCUUAUAACACUUACAAUAGAGUAUGGCUCCUAUCUUUUAUGCUACUUGACAACUUUUAAGCCCACCUCACCCUCUUUCCCUUCUGCCCCACAUCUGGGCAAGCUGAUAAGAAGGCCCAGGUGUUGGGGCACCUGGGUGACUCAGUCGGUUGAGCCUCAGGCUUCGGUUCAGGUCAUGAUCUCACAGUUUGUGAGUUCGAGCUCCGUGUCGGGCUCUGUGCUGACAGCUCAAAGCCUGGGGCCUGCUUCCGGUUCUGUGUCUCCCUCUCCCUCUGCCCCUGCCCUGCUUGCGCUCUGUCUCUCUCUCAAAAUAAGUAAACAUUUAAAAAAAUUAAAAAAAGAAGGCCCAGGUGUUGGGGCACCUGGCUGGCUUAGUCACUAGAGCGUGUGACUCUUCAUCUCGGGGUUGUGGGUUCGAACCCCACGUUGAGUGUAGAGAUUACUUAAAAAUAAAAUCUUUUUUUUUUUUUUUUUUUUGUAAAGAAAGCUCAGGUGCUCUCUUCUUUGGCAUCAGACCAAAGUUCAAACCUUGGCCUAUAGGUGGGAACCCUUAGUCCAGCCCCGUUCCCUGACCACCACAAAAAUCCCAAGCCAUUCUUCUUUCCUUGCUUUCUCAAACCAUUCUCAGACCAGCUCGGGAAGCCCACCCUGCUCUCCCCAGUGAGCCUCAUCGUGUGUGUAGCAAAGCUUUCCUACUUUUUGGGUAUGUGUGUGGCCUCAUCGGUUUCAUUAUCAGAAGUAGAUCUUCUUUCUGUCAAGAGUUCAUUUCACCCAGAGUACGACUAUGCAGGUGAUCAGCAAGAAUGUUACAUUAGCUCAAAAGGAACACUUAGCACUUAAUAACUGACUUGUCAACAGAAACAAUGAAAUCUGGAGGAUAAUAUGAUCUUUUCUUAAUAUGCUGAAGGAAAACAACUGUCAAGUUAGAAUUCCACGUCCAGAGAAAAUUUGCUUCAGAAAUGUAGGUGAAUAAAGGCAUUUUAAGACAAAAAGUGAUACUCGUCAGGUUUUUGUUCCCUAAGGCGGUAGUUCUCGACUAGGGGGACAAUAUUUGGAGACAUUUUUUUUACCUGUCACAAGGAGGGCAGGGAGGUGGGGGGUGGGGGUGCUGCUGGCAUCUAGUGGGUAGAAGCCAGGGAUGCUGCUGACCAUCCUAUAGUGCACAGGACGGCCCCUCCCAAAUGAACUACGCAUCCCAAAAUGUCACCAGUACUGAAGUUGAGAAACAUGGCCCUCGAGAGGGGAAAAUUUAGGAUGACGCAGACACCAAUACACAAAUGCUUUAAUAGUAGUUCUCUUCACAAUCUCCCAAACCUGGAAACCAUCCGCUAUCUUCCAUGGUGAGUGGAAGCAAAGAGUAGUAGGUCCCUAAGAUGGAAUACUACUCCGCAUUAAAGAGAAACUGUUGAUAGAUGCCAGUGACAUGAAUCACAAAAGCAUUAUGCUGAGUGAAAGAAACCAGUCUCACCAGGUCACCUGUAUAUGAUUUUAUUUCUAUGGCGUUCUCGAAACGUCCGGGGAACAGUUGGAUGGUUGCGAGGGUUUUGGGGGAGGGGAGGGGAGGGUGUGGCUACAAAAGGGUAGUUAGUGUACGGUAAAUUUUUGUUGGAGAGAUGAACUGUUCUGUAUGCUGAUUUGGGUAGUGUUACCUGAAAAGAUAGUUGUGUAAAAUUCAUAGAACUGUACAUCUAAAAGUCAAUUUUGUUAGAUGUUAAUAUUUUUUAAUCAAAAUAUACUUUGAAGAACUCAAUUCAGUCAAAUUAUAUGUUCCCCAAACCAUGAGGCUUGACAAUCUAGCUUAAUCUGAAGGUAAGAUAUGUCUUAUUUUAGAGUAACGCCUCAUUGCCAAGGGUAUAUGUAAAACACAGGGAAGUUUUUAAAAAUAAUAACUGCCUGUGCCUUAACCUGGUUCUGAUUCACUAGCUCAAGACCAGGGCCUGGAUAUGCCUUUAAAAAUAACUCCAUAGGCAAUAGUGAUACAUCAAGUGGAGACUAACUGAUCAGAACUGGCCAAUUACCCUAAAACUUAAGAAUGUUAUUUCUCACAAGCGAACUGUGAGAUCAUUAGACAUCAGAUAUUUCUACCUUGUCUUCUAUUAAAGAUCCUCGUUGCAUGAAUCUAUGUAGUUUAAUUGCUGUAACAAAUGCUAAAUCUAAAUGGUUUAAUAACCAAUAAGUGUUUAUUUCUUGGUCAUGUCAAAAUAUACCAAGGGUCAGCGGAUGGCCUUGCUUCACACAGUAAGUCAGGGACCUUUGGCUGUUAUCACUUGGUGGCUUUGGUAUCACCUUUGUGCCUUGGCAUCCUCCAGGCCUGGAAGUUGUACAUAUCCCUUCUGCCUACAUUCCAUUGCCAUUCAAUGGUAUGGGCCCAACUUCAAGGUAGAUUGGAAAUGGAGGCUAACUGUGAUCCCAGGAAAACAAGAAAGCUGCCACGGUUGAAUACGUUUACUGUAUAUGCCAGUGGAGGGCAUAUCCACGUGCGUUUACAGUUACCUGAGUGAAGGACCGUGGAAUAUUUUAUACUUUUUAUGGACUAAAACUCAUUUUGAAGACAGUUAAAUCCGCAUAAAACAGUCACGUUGCGAAAGCACGACUGUGAGUUCCUAGGAAUACUAGAAAAUACAUAAUGGAAUUUAACCAAAUCCCAAAUUCCCCUUUGCCGAUCUGAGUACAUACUAGCUUCAGAUAUAAUGACAUGACUUGGCUUUUCCAACUCCUUCGAGCCUUACACAAAGGUACGAACUCUCCCUGCUUGCUUUUGAUCACAAGGACCUGCUGACAUCAGCCCUGAUUGUGUCCCUUGUACUCCAGCAAAUGGGCACGUCUUCUAGGUUUUGUCAGCUCUGUUCUCCAGGAUAUUCAGUGAAGAUCCACACAGAUGUUUCCCCCCUUCCUACCACCCACACAGACUGUGGCGUGCGCUUGAAAAAAAAGAUGCUCGUUACACAUUCAUUCUUGCAGUAUAUGAAAAUAUCCUUAACCAUAACAUAUGCACCCUGUAUCUUAGCACGUAUGAUAUACUGGAUAUGGUCAGUGUGAUGUCAUCAUAGAAGUGCUCCAAGAACACACAUGGAAUAUCCCAUAUCUCCUUCACUUUCCAUUUAAGUGCUCAAAAAAAUGAUUCUUUGGGUUGUGUGAUAGAGACGCCAGCGACAUUUGUAUGUGUGGGAAGACAUGGAAAAAGGAGGAAAUGGAAGAAUAGGAAUUGUCUAUGAUCUACAGAAAGAGGAAUUUAUCCCGUUUUCUUAGAAGUUCCCAAAUAUCAAACAAUACACCUUGUCUGUUCCCUGUGUUUGUAACAGACGCAUUUGCAUUGAUUUUCAAAGGAUUUUCAUGCCUCCUCCUUCCUGAAAAGCUGAAUGGGGUAACAUAAUUGGACAGUGUUUUUCCUAUCUUUCAUAAUCAGUAGUAAAGGGAUUACUCCAUGCACGAAUACAUCCAAGUAAGUGUUUUCAGGAGUCAGGAGAGAGAGUACUCCAAAAGACCACACCCCAGUCUUCAGCAUGAGGCCAAUGUCAGAACUACAUCGUAGGGUUAUGACUUCUUAGUGGCAGGAUUUCGUAUUUAGAAAACCAGAACAAUUUAUUUUCAUUAAGGGUUGAAAUGUAAGACCUAGGGCUCAGGGUGCAGGUGAAGCGAUAAGAAAAGGAGUAAGAUACAUGCAUAAACUGAUAAAAUUGUUGUCAGACUAGGAGGCAGAUCUGUGUCACUUGUUCCUUAAAAUUCUCCACGUGGUAGAUUUUACAUCCUCAUAAGGAGCCAAGCAGAGUACCUAUCUCAGGGUUGGUGUCCAAUACUAAGGGGAAUAAUCAUGAAAGAGAAAAUUGAGAGGUUGGAAGAAAUGUGACAUUUCACCAACCAUAGGAGACCUUAAAAAGAGGCCUUGAAGGGAUUGAAGUGGCCAAGAUUGAAAGAGAAAUGAAACCCAAAUAAUACAGAGAAACAUGGACCUUCCCUCUGAACUUGGAUUGGAGCAUAGCUCAAAAAGCUGAAGCAACUUGGUUUCGUAAUACAAAUACACUUUCCUUUAAGCAACUGCCUACCGUGUCCAAGUUUCUUAAAGUAAUAUAAAUGAUUUUACCAAUGAUCAAAUAGCCUGCCAAAUCCUCUAAAUCUUAGGGUAAAAAUCUGACCUCCCAAAAUCUACUGCAGGGAGAGUUCUUACAUUUGUGUAAGGCUCGAUGGAGUUGGAAAAUGGCUUCCGUAUUUAUUUUUAAACGAAGGGGAGCUAUUUGCUCACAGCUUGGUGUAGCAAGAGAGUCAGCCAUGGCCACUCGCAUUUGGCAGACACAGAUAGGUAAGAAGUGGAAAAGCUUGAUGGUGAAAAAAAAUGGAAGGCUUCAGGUAUGCUCUAAUUAGAAGUUGGUGGCAUGGGAAAGCCCUGGGUAGGCUAACAAGAAGUGGGGCAUCCUAGCGGUUGUGUUGAAGAGCGUAUUUGGCUUUCUCUGCUUAGCCCUGAGUUGGAAAGGGCAAUGAUAGGGAAGUUGGUAAGUCCUAACCAUUUUUUUUAUUUUUAAACUUGAGUAUAGUUGACAUACAGUGUUCCACUGGUUUCAAGUGUCCCCCAUACCGAUCCUACUUCUCUGUAUCUUUUGCUUUGCUCAGCACGAGUGUAGCUGCCAUCUGUCACCAUACACGCUAUUUCGCUAUCAUUGGCUAUAUUCCCUAUGCUGUGCUUUAUGUUCCCAUGGCUUAUUCGUUCCAUAACUGGAAGCCCGGAUCUCCCACUCCCCAUCACCCAUUUUGUGCCUUCUCCCACCCCCUCCCCUCUGGCAACCAUCAGUUUGCUCUCUGCAUUUAUAGGUCCGAUUCUGCUUUUUAUUUAUUUGUUUAUUCAUUUGUUUCGUUUUGUUUAGAUUCCAAAUAUGGGUGAAAUGACGUGGUAUUUGUCUUUCUCUAUCUGAAUUAUUUCACUUAGCAUAAUACCCACUAGGUCCAUCCAUGUUGUUGCAAAUGGCACAAUCUCAUCUUUUUUACAGCUGAGUAAUAUUCCACUGUGUAUACGUGCCACAUCUUCCUUAUCCAUUUGUCUAUCAGUGGACACUUAGGUUGCUUCCAUAUCUUGGCUAUUAUUAAUAGUGCUGCUAUAAACAUAGGGGUGCAUGUAUCUUUUCAAAUUAGUGUUUUUGCUUUCUGCGGCUAAAUACCCAGGAGUAGAAUCAUUGGGUCAUAUGGUAUCUCAUGUUUAAUUUUUGAGGAACCUCCACACUGUCUUCCAGAGUGGCUGCACCAGUUUGCAUUCCCACCACCAGUGCAAGAGGGUUCCCCUUCCUCCACAUCCUUGCCAUCACUUACUACUGCUUGUGUUUUUGAUUCUACCAUUCUGAUGUGCGAGAUAAUAUCUCCUUGUGGUUUUGAUGUGCAUUUCCCUGAUGAUGAGUGAUGUUGAGCACCUUUUCCUGUGUCAGUUGGCCAUCUGGAUGACUUCUCUGGAGAAAUGUCUAUUCAGGUCUUCGGCCCAUUUUAAAAUUAGAUUAUUUGUUUUUUGGUGUUGAGUUGUAGGAGUUCUUUAUAUAUUUUGGAUAUUAAUCCCUUAUCAAAUAUAUAAUUUGUAAAUAUCUUCUCCCAUUCAGUAGGCUGAUUUUUCAUUUUAUUGACGAUUUCUUUCACUGUAUAAAAGCUUUUUAUUUUGAUGUAGUUCCAAUAAUUUAUUUUUGCUUUUGUUUCCCUUGUUUUAGGAGACAUACCUAGAAAAAUGUUGUUACAGCCAAUGUUGGAGACAUUGCUUGUGUUCUUGUGUAGGAUUUUUAUGGUUUCAGGUCUCACAUUUUGGUCUUCAAUUCAUUUUGAGUUUAUUUUUAUGUAUGGUGUUAGAAAAUGGUCCAGUUUCGUUCUUUUGCAUCUAGCUAUCCAGUUUUCCCAGCGCUGUUUGGUGAAUACACUGUCUUUUCCCUACUGUAUAGUCUUGCCUCCUUUUUAUAGAUUAAUUGACCAUAUAAGAAAAUUGUGUUUCUAUUUCAACAAUUAUUUACCACCUCAAAAUAUUUUCAGGAAAAAAGCAGUAGAAAUAUAAAUAACAACAUUUGACAAUAAUUUUCUCUGCCUUUAAAAAAUAC